AGAUAAUUGUUUCUUUUGCUCACAUUUUGCCGGAUUCUUCAAGACCGUUAUCCUGCGUACCAUGUCGUCUCCCUUCCCAAUCCCUCAGCUCACCUAUCCGUCCCCUUCCAAUUCCACUUCUAACCCUGCAACCUUUGCUCCUUCUCCGCUAUCUCAAUUCGUAGCAUCUGCAUUGGCUUCGACCACGCUCGCUCCCGGAUCCAACGGUGGUGGAACAGGUAACACACCCAAUUUAGGGACUAUGGGCAUCUCUCCCAACUUUAGCUUUGGCCUCACACCGUCCAACUUGUCUCAAGGUCCUACUUCCAAUAUUCCGUUUUCCCAACUUGCACUUCUCAAUUCGACCGAGGCCACAAACGCGGCUUUACCUGCAGAGAACGAUGGCACAGGCUUGUUGAGGGGCUUGGAACAGGCGGAUGGGGUUUUGGGAAGGAUGGAAGAGCUGUUGAAGGAGAUCGAUAAUGUUGAGAAGGGUGUGUUCGGGGAUGGUGAGGGAAUCGGUAGAUUGGAGGGGUUGUACCUCGAGUAUACCCAGCUGUUAUUAGGCCUCCUUGGCUCAUCCCAGUCCCAGCUGUUCGGCGCCCUCCCAAUCUUGCCUGCAAAUGAGCAGUUAGAAAAGAAGGAACCUACAGCGCAAGAUUUGGCAGCAUGGGCAGAGGAAAGGGCUUCUCUCGAGUUUUCAAGAAAAGAAGCGUUACGCGCAGGAGGCAAGGCUGUUCUGGACGUUCUAAGAGCUAGUGCUGCUGCAGGAGGGAAAUAAAGUCAGCUAAAGCGCUGAGGAGAAGGAUGGGUGAUCGUAGCUGAAAUCACAUGUUAGGAAGCUGGCGCAUUGCUAUUGUGGCUACCAUCAUCCAGAUGCCCUGUGGGGCGAUAAUCAGGGCGCAAUGGCCAUGGCAGCGUUCCGCUAAUAGAUCUGGCUUGAUGUUGGUCGAUCUUAAUAAUGAAGACAGCUUUUUCUAUUCGACAAAGAUUUAUGCCGGAGGAGACAUAUCGAACUAGUCGAAUUUCUGUAUUUCAUUAGCGUGUUGCAUAUCUGCAUUCAUCACCCUACGUCACGAUUUCUUAAAGAUUGCGAUUCGAGUUCGAAUUGCGUCACUGUCACUCAUGUCCUGCGCCACUUCAACUCCUGGCACCAUCAAUAGUCAUGCCAAUGCAUCGCGACAAUCUAUGUGAAGUGUCAUUACCUAGCAGCAUGAUUAUGCGAACCAGAUUAAUCCCCAAAGUCUCCUCGCGUAUAUACAGCUACAAGUCCGCAAACUAUUCGUCAUUCGUUAAAUUGGUCAUUAUGUACCACAACCCAAAAACUUCUUUCUUCUUCGUUCCAUUCUUCUCCUAUCACACACCUACGUUUCUCCGUGAAAGUCUUGCCAUUGAAAAGGCAUCAGAUUAUGCAAAGCGAACAGCUCUUGCGCGGUCCUCAUUGAUAGGCACUUCUUCCUCCACUUCAAAGUCACCCAUGCCAGACUCGUUGAAUUCAGACACUAUACUAAAAUCAGAAUACUUGCUCCAAACCAACAACAACAAUCAAACUCACUGAUGUCAAGGGCCAUUUUCUUCGCGGCUCGCCGUCUGCUCGUUGUGGUACUGGUUUUGGAGCUAACGCUCGGGAUUGAGUGGAUGCUCUGCGCAUCCGCAGCCUGUUCAGGCGCGUGAAGUGUAGUCGAAGAACCAGCUAGAACUGACACUGGAGCCACAGGAACGGGCGUGGACGCCUGAGCUUCAAGUCUAACCUUCUCAGCUUCCGUCAACAUUUUCUUUUCCUUCUCUUGCGGAGCAGGGAUAGCAAACUUCGGAAUGCUAGGCGGCGCGACUGUUGGUGGCGGAAGCUUGGCAGGGAUAGGUUGGUUGAGUCUGGCGGGUGACAGGGAAGUUUCCGAAGCUUGUCGCAAGUUGGAGCCACGGGUAGGAGGGGUGUACAACCCGAGAUCCAAACGAUCAAGUCGACCACGGAUCUCUUCAGGGAGAAGCAUGGGGGAUUCCUCCUUGGCAGCUUCCUGCUUGUCCUCUUCGACAAUGCUAGCAGGGGCACGGGACGGUGUAGGAGCCUCGGGCAAGCUCUCCUUUCGAGGAGGGCGGCCGAUAGGGGAAGAAACCGAGUUCCUGACUGGUGUACCGGUAUUACCGCUUUGGUAGGACGUGGGUCUGCUCUUGAUGGAGUGGGAAGGGGUGAGACGCUGCAUGUUGAGAGCGAGUGCGAGGUCGUCACCUCGGGCUGAACCAGUGGAAAAUGCUUCCCGAAUGGCGUGGCCGUGACCUUCCUUCUCCGCACUAUCCCAUCGUUUAGCUCACAAACAAAAACGACAUUAGUAGCCACGACCAUGACGUACCGAAUAACAACAGCGAUAGACUUGAUUUGCUGUAUCCACUCUCUCAGUUGCUCCCUAGACAUCUCGUCAGUGACAUGACAACCCACAAAAAAAUUGAAAACUCACGCAUUCCUCAUCUCGACAAUCCAUUCCACGCCCUCACCCUCCCUUUCUUCACCUUUCCCAUAUCCAAAACCAAUACGCAUAACAAACUUCCUCUCCCCAUUAGUUUCUUCCCAGAAACCAGCUGUACUGUCCGCUUUCAACAUCAUUCUUUCCAACUCUACUUGAGGCUGAGGAGGGGAAGGUUUUAUCGGAGAAGUCGACGAUUUGAGGGAUGAUCGAGGAGUCGUGGUGGGGAUGGAAAAGAGAUGCAGAUGAGCAGUCGUUUUAGCGGCAUCCGUUUCCGACUCAGAAGUGAUGACAUGGGCCGCUUCAGGAUUGGGUGAACCGACAGGGGUGUUUCCGCCAAUCUUGAAGCUGGUUAAUAUCAUCUGCUGGCUGAUCCACACGGGUCUUUUUGAAGAAGGCGAGCUGCCGUUUCCAAGCCCGCCAGCAAGGUUCCUGAGUGAACUACUUCUUUCCUUCUCGAUAGAAGAACUGUCUGUGCGUCGGAUGACAGUAGCGGAGAGAAUUUGGAUAUUUUCCAGUGAUGAAGCGGUGGUGGGGAAAGAAGGUAAAAGAAUGGAAGUGAGUGCAGGGCUGAGAAAUGGGGACGGAGCUCUGGAGGACAGAGUUGAUGGGCUGCUAAGUGGGAUAGUUUCCUUAGUCGCCGGAGCUUCGGGGAAUUUUUCGAGGAUCAUUUUGUGGUUGGAAGCAGCAGGUUGACGGUCGGUAUUGGCAUAUGAUGGAGGCUGAGAUGGCGUAACAGAAGAGACGGAAGCGUGUUUAGAAUGCAGUGAUUCCUCCCUCUCUGUCCUCGACUUUGUGCCAGGUGCAUUCGUCGGCGUAAGGUGGUGGUAUACGGAAGACAUUGUAGUGUCUGUCCUUCUCGAUGAAUAGGUUGAUAGUGA